UCGUCCCUGGAUCAGUACAGAGUCAUUGUUAAUCUCACAGCAUGAGCAGAAUUAGUAGGAGAGAAACCCGAGAGCUCAGGUGAAGCUCACGUGACUUACUCUGCAUGUUUAUUAUUGAAUGCAUCAUCAUCAUUUCCCAUUUAAAACUCAUCUAUAUAUCCAUCGAUAUCAUUUUGCCACCCCCCUGCUGUCCCUGCUCUCCCUCUCUCUAUUGGAUUAUUAAGGUCUUGGUGUAUUUUCAGCCAAGAAGGCUUAUGGGAUCUCUGACAGACAUGGCCAUAAUCCUUCCUGAGAUUAUGACGGAGGUUUGGUGUAGAUUAGGUGGUCUGUUCGCUGUAUCCUCAGAUCUCUCUGACGGGAGAGUAAAUAAACACUGACUGAAGGAUGUGAGACACUGUCUGGUGUGGCUUUAACCUUGUGUAGCCUAAUCUCUGUGAACGAGGCAUGUGCUGAAGGGAACAACGACACGGUCAACCUGCCGGACCUCGUCCAUCUGAACUCAUGAUGGUUCGGUUCUGAUCCACAGCCAGACUCAGUCACUGAAGAAGCUGUCAUGGUGGACCUGUUCCUGGGGAAGGUUCUGGUGAAGAACAACAAAGACAAAGAUGAGCUGGACACCGAGCGCGAGAUCAUCCUGCGGCUCCAGAACCGCAUCCUCAUGCUGUUCUUCGGCUCGGGCGAGUGUGAGAAGUGUCAGGACUUCGCGCCGACGCUCAAAGGCUUCUUCAAGAAGCUGACGGACGAGUUCUACGUGGAGCGAUCGGCCCAGCUGGUGCUUCUGUACAUCUCGCUGGACUCGUCCGAGGAGCAGCAGGAGAAGUUCCUGAAGGAGCUGCCCAAACGCUGCCUGUUCCUGCCCUACGAAGAUCCCUACAGAAAGGAGCUGGGGGUGAUGUUCGAGGUGCAGGAUCUGCCCAGGGUGGUGGUGCUGCGUCCGGACUGUUCCGUCUUAACGCCCGAUGCCGUGGCGGAAAUCUGCAUGCUGGGGCCGGACUGUUACCGCAACUGGCAGGAAGGGGCGGAGCUGAUCGACAGGAACUUCAUGAUGAACGAGGAGUUCGAUGAGGGAAAAAUGCGCAGUAUGACCGACCCCAUCCGGCGAGUCAAAUACAAGGUGGAGGACAAGAAGAAAAAGAAGAACAACAAAAAAGAUGAUGAUGAUGAUGAAGAUGGAAAUGGUGGAGGAGGACCUUGGGGCUGAGGUCUGAACAUUUGCUUUGGAUCAGCUGACGCAGAACAUUAGCGAUAUGGACAGAAGCCACGAGUAAACGCUGUAGAGAGACACAGUUGAGUAAAUGUCACUGGACAGAUGAAAUAGCAGGGCUGAAAUGGGCAGAUGGAUGGCCUACAGUAGCAGUUCUCAAUUAUUUUGACUCCUAUAAGCUCAUCAUUGUUCACAAAAAUAACAAAAUUAUUAUAAAUCAAAUAAUUGAAUUUCAGGAUUCUAAAACAUGACAGGAAUGGAAUGUUCUUCAGUUUUCCCACUCUGAAUUUCACUCUUAUAUAUUACUCACAUAUCCAGGUUUUCGGAGAGAAUCCGGAACUGUAAAAAUUGCCAGGAUUUACAGGAUUAUUUUACAGAAAUUUACUGUGAAAUAAAUGCAUGCUGGGUUAUUGCCUGCCAAAUUACUGUGAACGUAAUGCAAUUAUUAACCUGGAAUAUACUGUAAAUUCACACUAAUAUUUCUGCAGUGUGGGAAUAAUGUUGUUAUAGGGGUCAAUCUUGAACUCAGAUUAUUUUUUAACUCUGAUUUUUAUAUUUCUAGAUUAUAGAUGUAUAUAAAUAAUUAUAUACUAUAUACAUCUCAGAUGGCUGGUGCAAUAUAAAUCUAUCAGUAAAACCUCUUUUUUUUUUUUUACCACACAUGCU